UUUAAUUGAAAUUUUUAAUCAACGAAAAUAUGAAAGUUUAAAAUUUUUCAUCUAAAAAAACGCUCUGAAGUUUAUAGUUAAAUCUCCAAGAGAUAGAAUUUAAAAAAUGUUUUAAGUUCCAAUUAUGAGUCGUGAAAUGAUAAAUCUAGGACGAGAUUCUGUCUCAAGAAACUCUGGCUUUGUUGAUUCAAACCAUACUAGAACACCCAGUGAAUCCUCGGAUAGAUUACAAGAAACUUAUACUGAUUCUGAAGACCGUCGUGAAUCUAGGUUGACUAAUUGCCAUGGAAAAGGACCUAUUUGUGGUAAAGAGGCUGCUUGUCGAACCUUCCCCAAUAAUACAUCCAAAUGCGUUUGUCCGCAUGAUUUAUCACCACCUACUGAUGAUCUUAAAUGUCCAAAGCGUUUGACUGCUUUCUCCAUUCCAAAACCUAUUAGUAAUAUUUUUCUACCAACAAGCAAUGCAACCAACAGCACAAUCACUCUUUCAGAAGCUGAACAGGUCAAUGGAAGGAGUCCAAACAAAAUACCGGAAGUUAUUGGUGCAACAAUAGCUUCUAUUAUUGCAGUAGCGAUACUUGGCAUAUUUAUUUUCAUUUGUAGAAAGAAAUGCUAUAAUAAAAAAAUUAAUCGUACUACACUAGACUUGUCGCCGAUGAAUUUAAAGAAAAGUAUUCUUUUGGCAAAUAAAUACACGCCAAAUCCUCAAUACUUUAAUUGUGCACCGCCGGAAGUACCGAUUUUACGUCGUGAAGAUGUUAUUUUCUUCUAUGAAAUUGGACAAGGCUGUUUUGGUAAAGUUUUUAAAGGUGAACUUUGUCAUGGUGAUAAUAAGAAAGUAAUUGCUGUGAAGGUUUUAAAAGAGUCAGCAUCUCGAGAAGCUGAAGAAGACUUCAUGAGGGAAGUUGAAAUAAUGUCGACGUUUCGUCAUGAAAAUAUUUUGUCCUUAAUAGGAGUAGUCCUAAGAGACUCGAGUAACAACCCUUGGAUGGUUUUUGAGUAUAUGCCUCACGGUGACCUCGCAGAAGUUUUAAGAGCAAACUCACGGCAAUUAAGAAGUUCUACACCCGGACUCGAGCCAUUGACCAAGAAAGACUUACAUCAAAUAUCAAUACAAAUUGCUUCUGGUAUGGCUUAUUUGUCCGCUCAAAGAUUUGUUCAUCGUGAUUUGGCGUGUCGUAAUUGUCUCGUUGGAAAGGAUUUAAUUGUUAAAAUAUCGGACUUUGGAAUGUCACGUGAUGUUUAUACAUGCGAUUAUUACAAAAUUGGAGGAUCAAGAAUGCUUCCGGUUCGAUGGAUGUCACCAGAAAGUGUAAUAUUCGGACGAUUUACUCUAGAAAGUGAUGUAUGGAGUUUUGGGGUGGUUUUAUGGGAAGUAUAUUCUUACGGAAAGCAGCCGUAUUAUGGAUAUAAUAACGAGGAAGUACUGAAAAUUAUUCACCAAGGAAUAAUGCUUACUCCACCAGAGGAGUGUCCAGAAUUUGUUAUCGAGAUAAUGAAACAAUGUUGGAAAAUAGACCCACGUGAUCGUCCUCGCUUUUCGGAGAUUCUUGAAAAAUUUAAAAAAGCUCAUCAAACUUUUGAAAAAAUCAAUGAAAAAGAUAGUUUACCUCGGCCACCACGGGGACCAAUAACAGUAAAAUCACCCAAUAUUCUUGACUCUGAAGGAUAUCUUGUUCCAGCUCCAACAACACCCCGAGAAUACCUGCAACCACUUGCUUCUGUUUAUCCUAUAUGAUUUUAUAUCAACCCAUAAUCUGUCAUUUAACUCUUAUCGUUCAUUUCAUAGUUUUAUCAGGUUAUUAAUUUGUAAAUUUUAUUUUAUCAUAUAGAAACACUUACAAUAUAGUAUUAAUGUCAAAAAAAAAAAAAAAUUGUAAAUAA